CAAUGAUCCUCCUUCCUUCGCUACUUCUGACAACACCCUGAGAGGAGGAGCGAAGAAGGCGUCACAAUCCUCAGUUUCCAACUUAGCAUCUUGGCAGGACAUUUUUCCAAAGCAAAGCCCCCCAAUCCGAAGGCAAAAAAGUUCUUCUGCAUGAUAUAGAGGGGAAAAGGAAAAGAAAAUAAGAGAAAGUCUCGUACAAGUAAACACCUGGAGCUGUUCAAGGGCAGCUGGUAGAAAACAAAUAAGAAGUCACCACAUCCAUAAGUACAAAAAAGAUCAAGAUUUGCUGCUGGUCUCCAUGGUUUCUGAAGCGAAGUGCAUGAACGAGUAAAAGCGAGAAAACUUUUGCAAGCAAGUGGCUGAUCUCGGUGGGUUUAGCCAUGUCGUAUCCUCAGGGCUACUUGUACCAGCCGUCCGCUUCUCUGGCUCUCUAUUCAUGUCCGGCUGCCUACAGUACGAGCGUGAUCUCUGGACCUCGGACAGAAGAGCUAGGCAGGUCCUCUUCUGGGUCGGCUUUCGCUCCUUAUGCGGGAUCUACGUUUACCAGUCCUUCAGCCGGUUAUAACUCCCAUCUCCAGUACAGCGCCGACCCGACGGCUGCAGCCACCUUCACUUCGUACGUGAGCUCUCCUUACGACCACACUACCGGGAUGGCAGGCUCUAUAGGAUAUCACCCGUACGCUGCCCCUUUAGGUUCAUACCCCUACGGGGACCCCGCGUACAGAAAAAACGCCACGAGAGAUGCAACUGCCACCCUAAAGGCCUGGCUCAACGAGCAUAGAAAGAACCCAUAUCCUACAAAAGGGGAAAAGAUUAUGCUGGCCAUCAUCACUAAGAUGACCCUCACGCAGGUGUCUACAUGGUUUGCCAACGCAAGGAGAAGAUUAAAAAAGGAGAACAAAAUGACAUGGACACCUAGAAACCGAAGUGAGGACGAGGAAGAAGAGGAGAACAUCGAUCUGGAGAAGAACGACGACGACGAAUCGCACAAACCCAUCGAGAAGGCGGAUUCCAACGACAACGAGACAGGAGAACAUAAACCAAACUCAACAGACAUCACCUGCGACAGGUUUAAGGAGGAAAGCGCAGGGAAUGAAAUCGACCCCCUUUUGACGGACUCGGAAUUAAAAGAACCCCCAGAGGAGCGGACGGACAUCUUUGGCCCUGAUUCCCCGAAGGCCACCACUUCUUCGCCAUCGGCUGUGCAUCACGGAGCUGAGAUCCUGGUCCAGGAAGGACCUGUUGAGAUACUCCACACAUCUGGCACAACCGGUACCGCCACCUCUGUCAUCCACUCACCCCCAGCUGCUAACCCCAAACCCAAACUUUGGUCUUUGGCUGAAAUCGCCACUUCAUCGGACAGGUCUAAAGAGAGCAGUGACACGUCUCAGCCCACGGGUGCCAGCGGGGCGAUGACGGGCAGCGCGCAAUCCCCAUCGCGGUCUCCAUCACACCAGUGUCACUUUCCCAACAGUGCGGUCCUGUCGCGACCCCUUUACUACACGUCCCCGUUUUACGCGGGUUAUACGAACUACAGCACUUUUGGACCUCUGCACGGAUCUAACACAGUAUCCUCAACACAUUUCAAUGGAUUAAAUCAGACUGUACUUAAUAGAGCAGAGAUUUUGGUCAAAGAAAGUAAGAUCAGGAGCCAGACGCAGGUAGAUCUUUGUAAAGAGUCCGCUUAUGAACUGAAGAAAGGUAUGUCAAACAUUUAAUAAGGGCUUCCACCCCCACGCAGCCACGCAGGGCAUCCGGACUCCUAUUUAUUACUCGCCUUGGUGAUACCGAGCAGCACAUCAUUCAGUACAUAAUUCGGAGGAAGCGUAUUUUCUGCAAGAAAAAUGCUUAUUCACAAAUUAUAGUUUCUUUUUUUGGAUAGUGGAUAAUCCAAAAGAUGUAUCGAAGAAUUGUCUUAACCGCAGCCGCAAGAAAGAAUUUGUAUUAAAACUAAUAUGUAUAUUUAAUGUAGCAUUUUUGUAUUUAAAAUGGACAAUACGAUAUCUUUGAAGUAAAUUAUGAAAA